AUACAGGAUUUGGUUCGUGAUUCCUCAAUUGUGUCGAGUCAAAUUACUUUGGAGUUACAAAAUUUUAGAACACAUGUGUGGGACGCACUAAGGAACCUCAUCAGUGCUUCGUCUGCAACACCAAGUUUGUCCCAUACAACGAUGUUGAUAGGGACAACUCUCAUCGCGACCAAUAUCUUCAGGUGCAGCUAGUAUAGCUAGCCUCUCUAAAAUCAUGAUGAAGGCAGCAGCAAGCUAUUCUAUUGCCCAAGGGUUGCAUUCAAACAAACUCAUGCACGAAUUAGAUUCACCGCCCAAAGAAUCAAUCAGGGAGCGGUUUUCCGGCGGGUGGAGCUUUAUCGAAGAGCUAGCAAACAAUCCGCCCCCCACUCCGAAUCAAAUGGAACUGCCUGUUCGCCCGCGGAUGACGCGCUCCUUAUCAACGCUAAGUUCGAAAAGCCUGGAGAUGUGUACCGAGAGCUUGGGGAGCGAAACGGGCUUCGACAAUACUGAAACCAUUGAGGAAAUAUCUUCCUACCUUUCACUGCAGAAGAGCAGAGAGACUUUUGUCCCUUUGCCGCCCUCUGCAGUGAGCAACAGGUUCCCCAAAACCAAGACCUUCCCACCGCCCCUGACUUCAUCAAGUGACAGGGGUAGUGAUGGGGUUAAGGUGAUGAGGCCUCAUCGCGAGGGCGGCCGGUUGGUGUUAGCAGCCAUUUCUGUCACUAAACCCAACCCUUUGUUCCAAGCUGAUAGAACAAAUGGGAGGUUGAGGCUCUCGUUUAAAAUGGCGAACCGCGACGAUGAAGAAAGGGAAGAAGAUCCCGAGGUUGGUUCUCAGGAUGGAGGGGAAGAUGAUGAUGAUGAGAACGCAUAAUAACGUCCUAAGAGGCUUCAAAUAUUUGCAUUUGGAGAUGAAUAAAGCUACUUCUUCUGCGGGAGUAUACCAUAUUUUCUACAUCAUAGGUUUGGAUCGUCACUUUGAUUAUUCACACUGGCACAAAAUUCUUGUGCAAAAUUUUUCGAUCGCACUUGCAUUUUGUGUAGUGCUGUGAACCAUCAAAGUGACGGUGUUUACAUAUGGUGUACAAAAUGGAGUGCACUCCUUGGUGGAGAUGUAGAAUGAUUGUUUGAAGAAAUGCAAUUUGUGUUU